AUGACGUCAGGUGAGACGUCUGGCAGUCUGCAGUUAUGGAGGGAGCUGCUGGAUGGUUUGGUCUGUGAGUCUGUGAGACUGAGACACACGCUGGGCCUUCAGGAGAACAACACCUGGACUGACACCUCGGAGCAGAAGGAGGAGGAGGAGAGGAGAGGAGGAGCACUGCAGAUGAAGGACGAGAGGAGACGAGCGAGUGUCAGAGAGCUGGAGGAGACGAGACGAGCUAAAGCAGCACUGAGAGCAGUGGAGGUCAGUGAGAGAGUAAUGAUGCUCCUCACCAGCAGAGGACAGCAAACCUCAUCACAGACACACGCCGCUUUCCUCGCAUCAUGUGUUUGUUUUGAAAAAGUGAUAAUGAAAGUGCUGAUGUUAGCGGCUCCUGGUUCAAAGCCAGCAGGUUUUGUGCGGACGCAGAACGGAUCUGGACUGGCCUCGUUGUGUUUUGCCCAAGUUUUGGAGCAGAUGAACCCUGAAGUACGGCGUGGAUGCAUCGAACUAAAGCGGCUCCUGGUUCAAAGCCAGCAGGUUUUGGGGCGGACGCAGAAUGGAUCUGGACUGGCCUCGUUGUGUUUUGCCCAAGUUUUGGAGCAGAUGAACCCUGAGCGCCUCAACGACCACGGCAAGAACUGGAGACACGUCUACAAGGCGCUGACGCUGCUGGACUAUCUGGCUAAGACGGGCUCGGAGCGCGUGGCCCAGCAGUGCCGCGAGAACGCCUUCACCAUCCAGACGCUGCGCGACUUCCAGUACGUGGACCGGGACGGGCGCGACCAGGGCGUGAACGUGCGCGAGAAAGCCAAGCAGCUGGUGGCUCUGCUGCGGGACGAGGAGCGUCUGAGGCAGGAGCGGGCGCAGGCGCUCAAGACCAAAGAGAGGAUGGCGAGCGGCGUUCCUCCGGCGUACCCCAGCAGACGCAGCAGUCAGCCCAGCAUGAACGCUCUGUACGGAGAAGAGUUCAGCCGCUCCAGAGGAUCGCCGUCAUCCUUCAACUCGUCCUCCUCGUCUCCCCGAGCGUCUGAUCUGGAGCAAACUCGACCGCAGACGAGUGGAGAAGAAGAGCUACAGCUGCAGCUCGCGCUGGCCAUGAGCAGAGAGGAGCAGCACGGCCAUCAGGGGGACGACGCUCAUCUGCAGACGGUUCUGGAGGAGAGUAAGGGCGAGCGAGACCCGCGGCCUUCAGAGUCGGCCACGAUCGAUCUGGUGGAUAUAUUCGGUCCCGCGGACCCCUGGGACGCCCCGCCCACCUGCCCCGUGAACUCUGACCCCUGGGAGUCUGUCGCUGUAGUUAAGUCUAGUAACCCGGGGGCUGAUAGUCCCUGGACCGCCCGCCCUUCCUCCAGUAGCCCCGCCCACCCGUGGGGAACCCACCAAUCACCUCCUGAACCCUGGGAUGCCCCGCCUUCAAACUCCAUCUCUAAUAUGGAUGAUGAAGCCUGGAGGAGCCCAGCACGACCAGUGUCGAGUGUGAAGGACCCGUUUAGUAUUCCAGAGGAGGAGGGGCUUAGAGUAGAAGGGGAGGAGCCUAUAGUGGAGCAGGCGGGGCCAAACCAAGUGUUCAGUCCUCGCUGUGAGAGUCCUGCAGAUGCCGAUCAGUUUGGUGAGUUGGUGGCUGGUGUUCAAGUGAACGGACGGGGAAAUGACAGUCCAGAGACCUUUGACCUCUCUCGCCUCGGGCCCCCUCUGGACGCGGUGACCCCCAGACAGUGCCGGACCCCCAAGGCAUUCCUCGGCCCCACCGCUGCCUCCCUUGUCAACCUGGACACGCUUAUUCCCAGCAAUGCGCCGGUCAAGAACAAAAACCCCUUCCUGUCAGGUUUGAGCACACCGUCUCCCACAAACCCCUUUCACUGUGAGCAGCCCAGACUGACUCUGAAUCAGAUGCGUCCUCACUCCACGUCGCCGCUGCCGGCUCACGCUCUGUCCUACAGCGCCUCCCUCCCGCUGCCCGUCCUGCAGCAGAGGCCCCAGACUCUGCCCUCUUCCUACACGCAGCCGCACCACGGCCUGCUGGACAUACCCAGCAACCUGCCGCAGCCGCUGCUGCCCCUCACAGCCUCCACCCAACAAACACAACACCCCGGCCAAAGCCACAACCCCUUCCUCUGAGGAACCGCAUUUACACGUGGGAAACGGAUACUGAAACCAGAUUACGGCGAUUCGGUUUCAGUGUGAAUGGACUGAAGAGCUGAUCUAAAGCCUAAAGAAUGGGAAACAGACUGGAACUAGAUUACAGUGAUUUGGUUUCAGUGUGAACGGACUGAAGAGCUGAUCUAAAGCCUAAAGAAUGGGAAACAGACUGGAACUGGAUUACAGUGAUUUGGUUUCAGUGUGAACGGACAAAAGAGCUGAUCUGCAGCCUAAAUAAUGGGAAACGGAGACUGGGACUGGAUUACAGUAAUUUGGUUUCAGUGUGAACGGACUGAAGAGCUGAUCUAAAUCAUAAAGAAUGGGAAACGGAGACUGGAACUGGAUUACAGUGAUUCAGUUUCAGUGUGAACAGACAAAAGAGCUGAUCUGAAGCCUAAAUAAUGGGAAACAGAGACUGGAACUGGAUUACAGUGAUUUGGUUUCAGUGUGAACGGACUGAAGAUCUGAUCUAAAGCCUAAAUAAUGGGAAACGGAGACUGGAACUGGAUUACAGUGAUUCAGUUUCAGUGUGAACGGACUGAAGAUCUGAUCUAAAGCCUAAAGAAUGGGAAGCGGAGACUGGAACUGGAUUACACUGAUUCAGUUUCAGUGUGAACAGACUGAAGUGCUGAUCUGAAGUUUAAAGAACUAUUUAAACUUAAGCGGUUGGUUUUUAACGAAAGUACUUUUCCAAUAAGACGGUACACAUUUAAUGCUGGCUGGCUUUAUUAAUUUACAUGCGUUCGUCUGUAUUCUGCGUGAUAAUCGCUCAGCCUGGAUUAUCACAUUUAUAUCGAGCUUAAAGUCAACAUGAAAUCAAAAUGGACUCCUUUUACUUUCCUAACACACAAUCCUGAUCUUAUUGUGCACUUAUAGGGUUCCCACUCUUUUUCAGUGAUCAUUUUCCAGGACUUGGAGGACUUUUCCAGGACAUUUUUUAUGUAAUUAGAAAUGGGAAUUAACUACAAGGAACACACCCUAAAGUAACAUAUUCCUCUCUCCAAAAGUCUUUAAAAAACAUACAGUUUAUGGUCAUGACAUAACUAUAAAAUCAGCUUUUUAAUAUGAGCUCUUAAUUAUACAUUAC